GAGUGAGGCGUUGGGAGGUUCAGAAUUAGGAUGCUCUGGUUUCAAGGAAAUGGCAUGCAACUUGCCAGAUACUCCUUUGGAUUCCUCUUGAGAAAUAUCUCUGCUUCUAAAGUUUCUCUACCUGUGAUAACCUUAUUCACAAAGGAUCCAUGCCCUCUUUAUGAUGAAGCCAAGAAAGCACUGGAGCCUUAUAAAAAUAGGUUUAUUUUACAGGCGGUAGACAUCACACUUCCAGAAAACUCUGAUUGGUUUGAAAGGUACAAAUUUGACAUUCCUGUCUUUCAUUUGAAUGGCCAGUUUCUGAUGAUGCAUGGAGUAAACAUCUCAAAACUUGAAAAACAGCUUCAGAAACUUGAGUAAUGAAGUGCUAGAAGCUGACAGACACCCUCAUGGUUUUCACCCUUAAUCCAAAAUGCAUCUUUCUAUGGAAAGGAUCGAGGCCUCACACGCCUUUUGUCACUUUCACACAGCCCUCAGGAUGCUCUGAACUCUAAGAAGUACCAAAUAAAUGUUGACACUUCUUUUCUGAAUGAUGAAAAUAGCAAUGUAGGGUCCAUUCACCUUUGGCAUUUUAUAAAAUAAGAGGAGCAUAUUGGUGAAGUAAGGAUGAUGGAGAGAAUGAUAAGUCUGUUUUCUAAAUUUAUCCUUCCAUUUUGUAUUAAUUUGGAAGUACCACAUUCAUU